AUGGACCGUCCUCCAGGAUCAAAAGAUCCAAAUCCGACAAACGUGGAAUCCAAUCUUCUACGAAACCAAGAACGCUUUACAAUUUUGGAGCCGCCAACCGAUGCCAGGGAGACCAACACUCAACAAAUCUGCAGAAAAAUAAGGAACUUCAAAAUUCUUGGUUUUCUCCUUAUCAGUGUCAUUGUCUUAUCAAUUUUCGGACUUGGUUAUCUUGUUUGGAAGAAUCAGGAACAGAAGGAAACAAUUGUUCAUUUGGAAUCGGAGAUGCAGGAACUUCUCGAUCGCUUGGAUGAUCCCACAUAUUUUGUGAACCAAACGAAAAAAGAAGAACAAAUGCUGAAAGUGGACGAGACAGAGUACUUGGAUGAGCUGUUUGCAAGAAAACGAGAGUACGAAGAGAAAAUGAGAUUGAUGAGUGAGGCAGAGAGCAAGAAGAAUGGAACAAAAUCAUCUCAUAAAGAAGAAGAAGCGAAUAUUCCAGAAUACGAGGAAGGGUUUGAGACAGACGAUGGAAUCGAAGAUGGAGAAUAUGCGGAAUAUGAAAAUGAAAAGAUCGUGGAAGCAAUCGGAAAUGCCACAGUCAUUUACGACGACGACGACGAGAAAGCGGUAGAGCUGCCUACAGAUGAUUACACUGAGGAGACUGCGCCAACGCCACCUCUGGAUUAA